AUGCCCGCGGAUGUCCGCCCGCGCGCGUGCUCUCCGCCGACGAUGACAAUUAACGGUCACCGCCAUUCGCCGCUCGUUCCUUCCCAGGCGGCGCCGAGGCGCAGUGAGACAUGCUCGUUCUGCUUCCCUUCUCUACCUCACCCUUUGUCUUCCCUCCCUCCCUCCCUCCCUCCCUCCCUCCCUCCCUCCCUCCCUCCCUCCCUCCCUCCCUCCCUCCCUCCCUCCCUCCCUCCCUCCCUCCCUCCCUCCCUCCCUCCCUCCCUCCCUCCCUCCCUCCUUCCCUUUCUUCCUCCCUUCCCCUCCGUCCCUCCUUCCCUCUCUUUCCCGCCCUCCUUCGUCUCUCCCUCCCGCCCCUCUCCCCCUCCCCGCCCUCCCCGCGAGCAGAAAGUGGUGUAUGUGGGGGGGCAACGACGGAAGAAAGUGGUGUAUGUUGGGGGCAACAACGGCAGGUGGCUGUCUCCGUGGGGCUUUGGAAUGAAGGACUGGAAGGCGCCCAAGGUGUUGCCAGGCGACCUGCUAGUGUUCCAGUGGGUGGGCGAGGUACACUCGGUGCACAAGGUUGACGUGGCGGAUUACACCGCAUGCACGUUUUUGAAUGCCAAGCAGCUCGCACGCACCCGCAACUACGGAAAGUACAUCUACAAGGUGGUGCCCAAGGACUACGGCAACACCAUCUACUUCACCAGCAAAGCCAACAACGAUUUGCCUCCGAAUUCCCACUUUCUGCCUUCCGAUCUCCCUUUCUUGCCUCCCUGUUCCGAUCUUCCCUUCCCUCUUUCCCCAUUUCCCCUUGCCUUCCCGCAUCUCCAAUUCCCCUUUCCUCCACCGCAAUUCCCCUUCCCGUGUCAUGAUUACCCCUUCCCGCCUCCCCGGUUUUCCUUCCCGCCGCGCAUUUCCCCUUUCCGCCUCCCCGAUUCCCAUUCCCGCUCCCGGUAUCCCCUUCACACAUUUGCGUUUCCCCUUCCCGCACCCCAUUUCCCCUUCCCGCCUCCCCGUUUCGCAUUCCCGCUCUCCCACAUUCGCGUUUCCCCUUCACGGUCCCCAUUACCCCUUCCCACCUCCCCGUUUCCCCUUCCCGCUCCCCGUUUCCCCUUCCCGCUCCCCGUUUCCCCUUCUCGCUCCCCGUUUCCCCAUCCCACCUUCCCGUUUCCCCUUCCCGCUCCCCAUUAUCCCUCCCCGCCUCCCCGUUUCCCCUUCUCGCCCCCUCGUUUUCCCUACCCGCCUCCCCGUCUCCCUCUCGUUUCUCCACCUUCUCCCUCUCGAUUCCCCCCUUCCCCCUCUCGUCUACCCCCCUCCCCCCUCUCAUGUCCCACCUUUCUCCUUCUCAUUUUUCCCCAUUCUCCGUCUCAUCCCCCCCCCCCCCCCCCCUUCUCAAGCUCACCUACCCCCUUUCUCCCUCUUAGCUCCUCUCUUCCCACGCCCUGCUUCCCCCUUUACUCUCUCGUCCCUACACCCUUCAUUCCCCUCUCCGCUCUCUGCCUUAUACCCUUCUACCUCCUUUCCCCUCUCUGUCUUACACCCCUCUUGAUUUAUUCUCCACUCUGCCUUACUCCCUUCUUCCACCUUUCCCCUCUCUACUCCACACCCUUCUUCUCCCACCAUGCGUUCUCCCCCUUAUAUCCUGCUAAACCCCAUUUCCCUCUCUUCCCUACACCCUGCUUCCCCCUCUCUCUUCUCUGCCUUACGCCCUGCUUUCCCCUUUCCCCUAUCUUCCCUACACCCUUCUUCCCUCUUUCUACCCGCGCUGCUUCCCUUUUUCCCUAUCUCCCUUUCCCUCUUUCACCCUGCUUCUCCCGUACCCCUCUUCCGUACCCCCUUCUGCCCCCACCUUGCGUCCUCUCUUUUUACGCCCUGCUUCCCCCUGUCCCCUCUCUGCCUUACGCCCUUUUUCCCCCUCUCUCCACUCUGCUUUACCCCCCGCUUCCCCGUUACCCCUAA